AUGUCUAUGAGGAAUAGAAUAGACGACAAUGAGACGCAAGAGUCAAUUAGACAGGACAUUGCACACGUACUCAAAAAUGCAAAACCGCCGACCAGAAAUAUACCCCAUAAUGAAUACCAAUCACUGAAAAAUCUACGAGAGAAUGAGGAUAUCAUCAUCCUACCAGCAGACAAAGGCAAUGCAACAGUAGUGUUAAACAUCAUAGAUUAUGAAUCCGAAAUGAUUGAACUUCUAGAGGAUCCAGUCUACAAGAAAAUAGUUAGAGAUCCAACUACCUAUCUAGAGAAAACCACGAAAACUGCCAUCAAUAAUUCUCCUAUCGACGACGAAAUCAAAAGACAUCUGAUUCCAAGAGAGAAAUCAUCCAAGUGCCCGAAACUUUAUGGACUCCCCAAAGUCCACAAGGAAGGGGCACCACUCAGACCAAUCGUGAGCUCGGUAGGUUCACCAGUGCAUCAAUUAGCGAAACACGUUGUUCAUGUACUUCAACCACAUGCGAAAAAGGUCGAUUCAUAUGUGCGCAAUGCCGACCACCUCAUAGACAUAUUGAAAACACAAACCGUUAGUCCGGACGACAUCCUUGUCAGCUUUGAUGUAACCUCGUUAUUUAUCCAGGUACCCACCGGAGAGGCACUAGAAAUAAUCAAAAAGAAAUACAAACCGGAAGAGCAUAUCAUCACCUUGGCGGAACAUUGUAUCAAAAACACUUACUUCAUCUAUAACGACCAACGAUACAGACAAAUUGAAGGGACACCAAUGGGCUCGCCACUAUCACCCGUUGUUGCCAAUCUCUUUAUGAAAGAAAUCGAAACCGAAGCAAUAGCAACGUCACACUUGAAACCUAAACUCUGGCUGAGGUAUGUCGAUGACAUCUUCGUGAUUUGGUCUCAUGGACACCAGGAACUUUCUAGGUUUUUUAAUCACUUGAGUGAAAUCCAUCCACGCAUUAAAUUUACGCAAGAAGUUGAAGAAGGCAACCAGCUCGCAUUUCUCGAUGUACUGAUUAUAAGAAAGCCGGACGGUACAUUAGGUCACACGGUAUAUCCAAAGCCAACACACACGAAUAGGUACCUAAAUGCAAAUUCACACCACCACCCAAAACAAAUUCACCCGGUGGCAAAAACACUCAUUACACGUUCGAGGAGGCUGGCAGACAACGAUCACAGACAACAAGAGUUGAACACCAUCGAAAUAACUCUACAAAUGAAUAACUACUCAGAAAGAAGUAUAAAAGCGGCUGUCAAGACCACAUGGAAACAACAAAAAACUCGAGAUACACCCGUAAUAACAACCACACUACCAUAUAUUGCAGGAACAACAGAUAAAAUCAGCAGAAUUCUUCUCCGACACAACAUAUCAACUUCGUUUGUACUAGAACGGACAAUAAGGUCCAUGCUUCGUAAUCCCAAGGAUCAGAUACCCCUGGAAUCACAAGGAAUAUAUGAAGUACCAUGCCAUGAUUGUGACAGGACUUAUAUCGGCCACACCAACAGACGAAUCAACAUAUGCAAAGAUGAACACAAACUAGCAAUGAAGGGAAAAGUCACCACGUCUUCUCUUUUCCAACACGUACUGCAGACAGGACAUAACAUCAAUUUCGAUAACACAAAAAUACUAGCAAGCAACGAAAAUUUUUACUCGCGAACAAUCAGAGAGGCUAUCAAAAUUGAAAAAUGA